AUGAAGAGGUCGCCAGAAGGAGACAGAGAGAAGAACUACUCAGACACACGCACACCGAUGGCCCUGGAGAGUCUAAAUGAGUUUCAACGAGAAGCAGAAUUGGCUCGGCGAUAUGAAGAGGUCGCCAGAAGGAGACAGAGAGAAGAACUACUCAGACACACACACACCGAUGGGCGCUUGGAGGCUUUGUCUGACAUCCGGGCUCGCCGGGCCCGCAUAAAGCAGUUGCAGUCGAAGGCCUCAGAUUCCAGCUCGGAUGCAUCGAGCGAGGAGGGAGAGAUAGUGCUGCGGGGGGGCAGCGAGAUGGACAUAAGCGACGAAGAAGCAGCAGCAGCAGCAGCAGCAGCAGCAGCAGCAGGAACAGCAGCAGCAGCAGCAGCAGCAGCAGCAGCAACAGAAACAGAGACAGAGACAACCCCACCACAACCCAAAAAAGAAGAAGAACAAACAGAAACAAAACAAACGAAAAAGAGAGCCCCCGUUCGUGGUGAUGAGGGGGAGAGCAGCAGUUUAUUCUCUGAGGAGAAAGGAGACAGAGGAGACAGCUCGCAUCGUGGGGUGUCUUUGCAUAGUAGGCAUUCGUCGUGUAUCUCCAUAUACAGUAACAAUAAACAGCAGCAGCAGCAGCAACAGCAGCAGCAGCAGCAGCAGCAGCAGCAGCAGCAGCAGCAGCAGUCAGCAACAGCAGCAGCAGCAGCAGCAGCAGCAGCAGCAGCAGCAGCAGCAGCAGCAGCAGCAGCAGUUUCAGGUUUUACAUACACAGACGAAGAUGUACAGGAGAUGUUGCGUGAGGAGGCUGCAUGUGGCGGUGUAUUGUUUUCUUCUUUCGGCGGUCUGGCUGCCUCUAUGGGGGAGACGCAGCAGCAGCAGCAGCAACUCGUCGACUCUUACCUUCAGCUUCGGCGGCUAGAUGAGACAUAUGGACCCUAUAAAGGAGACAAACAUACAACAGCAGCAGCAGCAGCAGCAACACCAGCAGAAGAAGAAGCAGCAGCAGCAGCAACAGCAGCAGCAGCACCAGCAGCAGCUGAAGAAGAAGAAGCAGCAGCAGCAGCAGCAGCAGCAGCAGCAGCACCAGCAGCAGCAGAAGAAGAAGCAGCAGCAGCAACAGCAGCAGCACCAGCAGCAGCAGCAGAAGAAGAUGCAGCAACAGCAGCAGCAACAACAGCAGCAGCAGCAGCAGAAGAAGAAGAAGCAGCAGCAACAGCAGCAGCAGCAGCAGCAGAAGAAGCAGCAGCAGCAUCGUCUCUACAUGAGACUGAUACUUUGCUGCAGCAGGCUAUAGAACAACCAGCAGCAGCAGCAGCAGCAGCAGUAGCAGCAGCAACAGCAGCAGCAGCAGCAGCAGCAGAAGCAGCAGCAGCAGCAGCAGCAGCAGCAGCAGCAGCAGUAGAAGAAGCAGCAGCAGCAGCAGCAGCAGGACAAAUACCAAAGGGAGAGACAGAAGGAGAAAAAGAAGAAAUUAAAAAAAACAAAAAAAUAAUAAAGACAAAGACAAAGACAACAACAAACACACCACAAAAGGAGACACAAGAAACAACAGCAGCAGCAGCAGCACCAGCAGCAGCAGCAGCAGCAGCAGCACCCAUAGCAGCAACUGCAGCAGAAGCAGCAACCGCAGCAACAGCAGAAGCAACGCCAACAGCACCAGCAGAAGCAGCAGCAACUGCAGCACCAGCAGCAGCACCACCAGCAGCAGCAGCAGCACCAGCAGCACCAGCAGCAGCACCAGCAGCAGCAGCAGCAGCAGCACCAGCAGGAGGAACUGCGGCAGAAGCAACUCCAGCAGCAGCAACUGCAGCAGAAGCAGCACCAGCAGCAGCAGCAGAAGCAACGCCAGCAGCAGCAGGAGAAGCAGCACCAGCAGCAGCAACUGCAGCAGAAGCAGCGCCAGCAGCAGCAGGAGACGCAGCUCCAGCAGCAGCAGCAGAAGCAGCACCAGCAGCAGCAAUUGCAGCAGAAGCAGCACCAGCAGCAGCACCAGCAGCAGCAACUGCAGCAGAAGCAGCGCCAGCAGCUGCAGCAGAAGCAGCACCAGCAGCAGCAGCAGGAGCAGCACCAGCAGCAGAAGCAACGCCAGCAGCAGCAGCACCAGCAGCAGCAACUGCAGCUGAAGCGACGCCAGCAGCAGCAGCACCAGCAGCAGCAGAAGCAGCAACAACAGCAGAGGGAGAAGCAGUAGAAGGAGCAGCAGCAGCAGCAUCAGCACCAGCAACAGCGGCGGCAGCAGCACCAGCAGCAGCAGCAGCAGCACCAACAGCAGCAGCACCAGCAGCAGGAGCAGCAGCAGCAGCACCAACAGCGGCAGCACCAGCAGGAGCAGCAGCAGCAGCACCAGCAGCAGCAGCAGUAACAGCAGCACCGACAGCAGCAAAAGCAGCACCAACAGCACCAGCAACGCCAGCAGCAGCAGCACCACCAAAAGCAGCAGCACGAGCAGCAGCACCAACAGCAGCAGCAGCAGCACCAACUGCAGCAGCAGCAGCACCAAAUGCAGCAGCAGCAGCACCAACUGCAGCAGCAGCUGCAUCAACAGCAGCAGCACCACCACCAAAAGCAGCAGCAGCAGCACCAACAGCAGCAGCAGCAGCACCAACUGCAGCAGCAGCAGCAGCACCAACAGCAGCAGCAGCAGCACCACCAACAGCAGCAGCAGCACCACCAACAGCAGCAGCAGCACCACCAACAGCAGCAGCAGCACCACCAACAGCAGCAGCAGCAGCACCACCAACAGCAGCAGCAGCACCACCAACAGCAGCAGCAGCACUACCAACAGCAGCAGCAGCACCACCAACAGCAGCAGCAGCAGCACCAACAGCAGCAGCAGCACCACCAACAGCAGCAGCAGCACCACCAACAGCAGCAGCAGCAGCAGCACCAAGAUUAACAGCACUAACAGCGAGAGAAACAGCAACAGCAGUAGCAGUGCCAGCAGCAGCAGCAGCAGCAACAGCAGCAGCAAGACGAAGAGCAGCAGCAGCAGCAAAACCAAAAGCAGCAGCAGCAGCAGCAAAGCCAACAGCAGCAGCAGCAGCAGCAGCAGCAGAGAAUUUGAGUUGA